AUGACAGAUCAACUAGUGGAUAAGCUCAGAAGCGCUCAAAUCAGCAGCGAUAGCUCCUCACCUGCUGCUGGUGAUGACUGGAAGAAGAACCUGAAGAUUCCCGCCAAGGACAACAGGCAACAAACGGAAGAUGUCACGAAAACGAAGGGCCUUGAUUUCGAAAACUUUGCGCUCAAGAGAGACCUCCUUAUGGGCAUCUUUGAAGCCGGCUUUGAAAAACCGUCCCCCAUUCAAGAAGAAGCUAUCCCUGUUGCGCUGACUGGACGCGAUGUCCUCGCCCGAGCCAAAAACGGUACCGGCAAGACGGCCGCCUUCGUUAUCCCCGCCCUCGAACGCAUCAACCCGAAAGUGAAUAAGAUUCAAUGUCUCAUCCUCGUCCCCACCAGAGAACUCGCCAUGCAGACCUCGCAGGUCUGCAAGACGCUCGGCAAACACCUUGGUGUCAAUGUCAUGGUCACCACCGGUGGUACGGGCCUCCGCGAUGACAUUAUUCGUCUUCAGGAGCCUGUCCAUGUUGUGGUCGGAACACCAGGCCGUAUCCUCGAUUUGGCAGGAAAGAAUGUUGCUGAUCUGAGCGAGUGCCCCAUGUUCAUCAUGGAUGAGGCCGACAAGCUUCUGUCGGCCGAGUUCACGCCCACAAUUGAGCAGCUUCUCCAGUUCCACCCCAAGGACCGCCAGGUCAUGCUCUUCUCCGCCACCUUCCCUCUGUCCGUCAAGGACUUCUCCGACCGCAACAUGACCAGCCCGUAUGAGAUCAAUCUGAUGGACGAGCUCACACUCCGUGGUAUCACCCAAUACUACGCGUUUGUGGAGGAGAAGCAAAAGGUGCACUGCUUAAACACCCUCUUCUCCAAGCUGCAGAUCAACCAGUCCAUCAUUUUCUGCAAUUCCACGAACCGCGUCGAGCUGCUUGCCAAGAAAAUUACCGAACUUGGCUACUCGUGCUUUUACAGCCACGCGCGCAUGCAGCAACACGCCCGUAACCGAGUUUUCCACGACUUCCGCAACGGCGUUUGCCGCAAUCUUGUCUGCUCCGACCUGUUGACCCGCGGUAUUGAUAUCCAAGCUGUCAAUGUUGUCAUCAACUUUGAUUUCCCAAAGAAUGCCGAAACCUACCUUCACAGAAUUGGUCGCUCCGGUCGAUAUGGCCAUCUUGGUCUGGCUAUCAACCUCAUCAACUGGGAAGACCGCUUCAACCUUUACAACAUCGAACGUGAUCUUGGCACUGAAAUCCAGCCUAUUCCUGCGAACAUUGACAAGAGCCUUUACGUGUACGAUAACCCGGAGAAUAUUCCUCGCCCCAUCUCAAACCUCCCCAAAGCCGCACCUCAGCAACCGAGCCAGCUUCUCGCGACCCAGCAACCCCAGCAGCAGCAACAGGGUAACUGGCAGACCCAGGGGCAACACAAUGGCAACUACAGUAACCGUGGACGUGGCCGUGGCCGCGGGGGCUACCGUGGUCGUGGCGGUGGCAGUGGUGGCGGUGGCCGUGGUCGCGGCCCUGCCCAACUUCAAAAUUAA